AUUCGUACAUCCCAUCUUUCUCAUCAACACGCCAACCGUUUCAUUUCAUUUCAAGAAUUAAUUAGUUCUUUCAACUCUAAGCAGAAAGUGUCGAGAAGGGAAAAACACAGAGAAAUAGAGAUUAUCUGGUUUGCAUCAAGUUAGUGUUCAAGAAUAUUUGUGAUAAGCAAUGCAGAGGUCAAUGCCAUACGAAAGCGAUCUAAAUCUAAAGGCAACAGAACUGAGGUUAGGGUUGCCUGGAAGUGAUGAGCCAGAGAAACCAUCAACUACUCCUAGUGUUAGGAGUAAUAAGAGAGCCUCGCCAGAAAUAUCAGAGGAGUCCAGGUCCAAGGGCAGUUAUAGUGUGUCCUCCAAUGUCGAAAAUGGUGAAAGAGACAUUGCCCCCCCUGCCAAGGCACAAGUAGUGGGAUGGCCACCAAUCCGAUCUUAUAGGAAAAAUUGCUUGCAACAAAAGAAAAAUGAUCAAGUGGAUGGUGCUGGCAUGUACGUAAAAGUGAGCGUGGAUGGAGCUCCUUAUCUCAGGAAGAUUGAUCUUAAGGUGUACAAGAGCUACCCAGAGCUCCUCAAAGCCUUGGAGAAUAUGUUCAAGCUUACCAUUGGUGAAUACUCAGAGAAUGAAGGGUACAAUGGAUCUGAAUUUGCUCCUACUUACGAAGAUAAAGAUGGAGACUGGAUGCUAGUUGGCGACGUUCCAUGGGACAUGUUUAUCUCCUCCUGCAAGAGGCUGAGAAUUAUGAAAGGAUCAGAAGCUAGAGGAUUGGGCUGUUGAUAAAACAAAAAACAAAACUUGAAACCUGUCAGCAAAAGGAGAUAUGGUGAUUUAGAGGAAGAGUAAUUUGGCUUGGAUUCUCCAAGAGAUUAGGUCUCUUAGGAACAGAAACAAGUUGAUCAGAUCUUCUUUUUUUGGCUUCGGUUCUCCCUCCUUGGUUUUGGUUUCCAAGAUCUGGAUAUGUAUCAAUUAAACUGUAGAGACAGAAAGACCACACUUUUUUAUCUGAAUUAUAUAUAAACGAGCGAGUCUCCAAUAUUCAGUGCUA